AUGGUUUUCAAGCCUUUUCGUCCUCCGCUGAUAAGAAAGCCCCCUCCUCCAGCGGAAUCUUCAACACCGAUAACUGGAGAUAGUGGAAACCCUCACCCGUCGAAACGACCGCGGUUGAGUGAGGACGACGAUCAGUCCGCAAAAGAUGAGAAGACAUCCACUUCUGUGGUCGAGAGCAAGAGCACUAAGGAUAAGCCGAAGCCACAGCUUGCGUACCGCAAGCCGUUGAUCCAGGUGAAGAACUUGACUGGAAAGGCGGCUCCGUCCGUAGACGAUGCCAGCAACUCUGCGAACACGGAAAAUAAUAAUGGCUCUACUCAGGAAGUGGAGGCUUAUUAUAAUGUUCUCUGGCGAAAAUUCACGACUAAGAAACACAAAACCUGGGAUGGCGAUGGCAUUCUCUCCAUCCGUGGAGGAUACGGCUAUCUUCAGGAUGUAUCAGGCCGAGACAUGGGGCGCAUAAUGAUCAACUCGACUCUGGAACCUGGAGCAACUUUGACGAUUGGGGGAAAAGAUGUCGAGGUGCAAUCCGCCAUGUCGAAAGAAGAGUACUUGUCUGGUCGAUCUUUUCUGGGAGGGGCAAAGAAAACCCUGACGUCUCCUCUCGCGUCUCGUGAGAAGACACAAGCCUCUGUUGUCCCUACUCAAGCAUCAAAGCUGCCGAAAGUCUCCGCGACGCUAACUGAAGGCGCAAAGAAGCCAUUGAGUCGGACAAGCUCUCGGAAUGACAGUGAAAAAGAUGCCUUCGUGAAAAAUCUCAAUGUUGCCGCUCCAAGAAGCGCAGCAUUGGGCAACGCUUUCAAGAACCCGGUGAAAGAGAGCACAGUUUCUUCCGCAAAACCGGCAGCACAGCCUAUUCCCCGUCAUGAUCCAAAUGCGCCGGGCGCCUUGGUCAUGAAACGGCCGGAUGUCGUUCCAAAGGGAAAGACGAUUGUUGAUGUCGUCGUGGACCCCAUCCUUACCAAACACCUCCGCGAACACCAACGGGAGGGUGUCAAAUUUCUUUACGAGUGUGUCAUGGGGUUAAGGGAUUACAAUGGUGAAGGAGCAAUCCUAGCGGACGAGAUGGGUCUGGGGAAGACCCUGCAAACAAUCACACUCUUGUGGACAUUGCUCAAACAAAAUCCGAUCUACGAAGAGCCCCCAGUCGUCAAGAAGGCGUUGAUUGUUUGCCCAGUAACCCUCAUCAACAACUGGAGAAAAGAAUUCCGCAAAUGGCUGGGAAAUGAACGGAUAGGCGUGUUCGUCUUCGAUGACAAGAGGAAACGACUGACGGACUUUACUAUGGGCAAAGCCUAUAAUGUUAUGAUCGUCGGGUACGAAAAGCUGCGAACCGUCCAGGAAGGGCUCAUCAAAGGUGCCGGGGUCGAUAUCGUCAUUGCAGAUGAAGGCCACAGACUAAAGACACUACAGAACAAGAGCGGCCAGGCCAUUCAAGCGCUCAACACCACGAAGAGGAUCAUCCUCUCUGGCACUCCGAUUCAGAAUGAUCUGAGUGAAUUCUUCGCGGCGGUCGACCUGGUCAAUCCUGGGAUUCUGGGUACAUACAAGAACUUCAUGAAAGAAUUCGAGGGGCCUAUUAUGAGGAGUAGGCAGCCCGAGGCAACAAAAAGAGAGAUUGAGAAAGGAGAGGCGAGGAGUGAGGAGCUCAGAAAUCUCACGUCCAUGUUCAUGCUACGCAGGACGGCGGAUAUCCUGUCCAAAUACCUGCCGCCAAAAACGGAGUAUGUGCUCCUGUGCGAACCUACGGCGAUACAAGCAAGCAUCUACCGUCACGUCCUCGCGUCGCCCAUCUUUCAAAGCGCUCUUGGUAACACCGAGGGUGCAUUCCAUCUCAUUACUAUUCUCAAGAAAUUAUGUAACAGCCCAUCGUUGCUCACUGCGAAGACGGAAGACGAAACACCGAAUGCUACGGUUUCCGCGCUGCUGUCUACGCUGCCACCGAAUCUUCUGCGUCAUUUCUCCCCUUCCUCGAGCGGGAAAUUGAGGGUACUCGACCAACUCCUCCAUAAUCUGCGCACAACCACGUCGGAAAAGAUCGUGCUGGUCUCCAACUAUACCUCGACAUUGAACCUUCUCGCCACGCUGCUCACGUCGCUUUCGCUCCCGUUCCUGCGUCUGGACGGCACCACGCCGUCCUCGAAACGGCAGUCGCUCGUUGACGACUUCAAUCGCAGUCCCGCGAGUACCUGCUUUGCGUUUCUACUCUCCGCAAAGGCCGGAGGCACAGGCCUGAAUCUGAUUGGGGCCAGCCGCCUCGUCCUUUUCGACGUCGAUUGGAAUCCGGCGACGGACAUGCAGGCCAUGGCGCGGAUCCAUCGAGACGGACAAACACGCCACUGCUGGAUAUAUCGCAUCAUGCUGAAAGGCGGGCUGGAGGAGAAGAUCUGGCAGAGACAAGUGACCAAAAUCGGGCUGGCGGACAGCGUCAUGGAACAGAAAGGCGGCAUGGCACAGUUCUCGCGGGAGGAGCUCAAGGACCUAUUUCGACUGUAUGAGGGCGAAGGAUGCCAGACACAUGAUCUUCUGUGCUGUAACUGCGGCGGGCGGGGGACACCAUCCACCGACGGAGGUGAUCGUCCAGUCUCCACAGAUUCCGACGAUAAAUCCAGCAGCAGCUGUUCUUCAGCAGAAGACGAGGAGGAGACUGAUGAUGAAGACGAUGAAGAAGACAUCGAUCUACCAGACCUCCCAACUCUCAUCAAAGUAUCACAACUAGACAUCGACGCGCAAGAGGCCCAAAUCCGACGAGGCUCCCAUCCUCUCCAGCGACGUCAGAGCAACAAGACCAAGGACAAGAACAAGAAAAAAGACACAAAGAACCCGCGUGGGAGGAAGAAGAAGAACAGCGACCAAGCCAGGAUGCAGCAAUUCCUCUCCGAAUACUCGCACAUCGACCCUUCCGCCUUUGGUGCAGACGACCAUGGGGAGGAGGGCACGGAUCUAGCCAGCCAGAUCCGCGAUCCGGUGCUCCUUUCUCUCUUGAGGGAGGAGGAUCAUGGCGUGGGGUUCAUCUUUGAGAAGACGGCGUUUCCUGCUGCUGAUGCUGAUGCUCCUGCUGAGAAGAAAUAA